AUGGCAGCAGCACAGCAGUCACCUCACCAAUCGGAACUUACCCUUCAGGGUCAAGCGUACAAUAACGAAAAGUCGGAUCUUGAAGAUGGUAUUGCACAACAGCCUAUGAAGCCAGCGGCUAGCAGUGGCGCACCUGAUGGUGGUCUCACAGCUUGGCUUGUUGUGUUAGGGGCUUGGUGUACAUCAUUUUGCAGUUUUGGCUGGAUCAACAGUGUCGGAGCAUUCCAAGAAUAUUAUCAGAAUGAUCUUCUAAAGGACUACUCUCCCAGUACCAUCGCAUGGAUCCCUUCGUUGCAGAUUUUCUUUAUUAUGGGCAUGGGUCCUAUCAUUGGAAAACUCUAUGAUAGCUAUGGUCCCCGAUGGCUUAUCCUUGUUGGAAGUUUCAUGCAUGUAUUUGGUAUCAUGAUGGCUUCUAUUAGUACAGAGUACUACCAAAUUCUUCUGUCACAGGGUGUAUGCUCUGCUAUCGGUGUCUCUGCCAUCUUCCAACCAGCUCUAUCUGUCAUCCACGGAUGGUUCGACUCCAAGCGAGGAGCCGCCUUUGGUAUUCUUUCAACCGGCUCAAGCAUCGGCGGCGUCAUCUUCCCCAUCAUGGUAACCCGCCUCAUCAAAGAAGUCGGUUUCGGCUGGUCCAUGCGAAUCUGCGCCUUUAUCAUUCUAUUCCUCCUCACCAUCGCCAACCUGACAGUAAAGUCUUUUACACCACCUCGACCCCAAAAAAUCUCUGGCGCGCAGAUGAUGAAACCUUUCCGCGAACUGGAAUUUGUUUUCUGCACGCUCGGAUUCUUCUUUUUCACAUUUGGUCUUUUCAUUCCCAUCGACUACUUGCCCGUUCAGGCGCUGCAAGCUGGCGUGAACCCCAAUCUUGCCCAGUACUUGAUUCCCAUCCUCAACGCCGCGAGUCUGUUUGGACGUAUCAUUUCAGGAAUUCUCGGUGACAAGAUUGGCCGCUACAAUAUUUUUAUUGUUGUGUGUUAUCUAUCCGCGAUCUGGAUCUUGGGUCUUUGGAUCCCCUGCAACACGCAAAACGGUCUCAUUGCUUUUGCUGCUCUUUACGGUUUUUGUUCUGGCGCAUACGUUUCUCUCAUUGCACCUCUUGUCGCUCAGAUUUCGCCUCUACAAGAGAUUGGUUUCCGCAGUGGUAUUGUGUUUUUCGUGUCUUCCAUCGGUGGAUUGACUACCAACCCCAUCAGUGGCGCUAUUCUUGAGAAACCCAAUGGUUGGGUUGGGGUAAAGGUUUUUGCAGGAGUGUUUUGUCUCGUUGGCACUACGUUUAUCCUUGCUGCGAGAGUGCAUCGUGUUGGAUGGAAGAUCAAGGCUGCAUUUUAA